AAAGACCAAAUGAUCAACGACCAGACUACAGGUGGAAUGGCUACCGAACUGCCCACUCAUACUACCAAUGGCGAGAACAAUGGCAAGAAGGGUGAGGCCAACUUCACCGUCAAGACGGGAUUGGCACGGAUGUUAAAGGGAGGAGUCAUUAUGGAUGUUGUAAAUGCUGAGCAGGCAAGAAUAGCAGAGGAGGCCGGCGCAGUUGCAGUCAUGGCUCUCGAGCGAGUGCCGGCAGAUAUCCGGGCUCAAGGAGGAGUGGCACGCAUGUCGGACCCCAAGAUGAUCAAGGAGAUCAUGGCAGCCGUCACAAUCCCAGUCAUGGCAAAGGCACGAAUUGGUCAUUUUGUCGAAUGCCAGAUCCUCGAAGCCAUUGGCGUAGACUACAUCGACGAAUCCGAAGUCCUCACUCCAGCCGACCACGCUCACCACGUCGAGAAGCACCCCUUCAGCGUCCCCUUCGUCUGCGGCUGCCGAAACCUUGGUGAGGCUCUACGACGUAUUUCCGAAGGAGCAGCAAUGAUUCGUACAAAGGGUGAAGCAGGAACCGGCGAUGUCGUUGAGGCAGUCAGACACAUGCGUACAGUUAACGCUGAGAUCUCCCGCGCCUCCGGCAUGUCAGAUCCCGAGCUCAGAAUAUUGGCAAAGGAGAUCCAGGCACCAUAUGAUUUAUUGAAGGAGACAGCGAAAUUGGGCAGGUUACCUGUUGUCAACUUUGCGGCUGGAGGGGUUGCUACACCUGCUGAUGCUGCGCUGAUGAUGCAAUUGGGAUGCGAUGGUGUGUUCGUUGGAAGUGGAAUCUUCAAGUCUGGUGAUGCUUCGAAGAGAGCAAAGGCCAUUGUGCAAGCGGUGACACAUUACAAUGAUCCAAAGGUUCUGGCUGCUGUCAGUGAGGAUCUGGGAGAGGCCAUGGUGGGCUUGAAUGUGAGCUCGAUGGAUGCAAAGGACAAGAUGCAAGGAAGGGGUUGGUAAUGUGCUUGCGGGAGGCUUCAAAACUGGUUCAAAAAGUUCUACACAAGACCUUUAAUGGUCAAGAUAAUUUGUACUUGCAUGACGACGAUGCUCUCCUCAAUGUCUCUUCAAAAGAUUCAAAAAUUUCUGCCCCACUUUGAGCAACCCCACAUUACUGUAGCCGAGGCUGGCCAGGACCCCUGACGAGCUUCAUCCGAACAC